CCCCCCCCCCCUCCCUCGCCCUGCUCGCAUGCCCUGAUGCCGCUGACGCAGCCCCUGCAGAGCAGGGCCCGGUGGUGCUCAUCAGGAGCAACAGCAGCAGCAGGCCGCCUGACUCGUCAGGGAAACCCGCUCUUGUUCUCCCGAUCAACAGCAGAUUAUCGUCGACGGGUGUAUCGCAGCUUCUCGUCGCUCUCCACGCUACGUGCUGGCCGUUCGGUCCGUUGCCGUGGUCCUGCUCUUGUGUCCCCCUUUCGUGUCCUCCCCCAUCACCAACCCCACGCCCCCCUGCUUCACCAGACCACGAGAUUGCCAGCAACGAUACUAAAUUCGAGAAUCAUGGGCUCGCAGACUCGAGGUCACAGCGGUGGCCAUGACCACGGUCAUAGUCAUGGUCAUGGCCAUCACCAUCACCAUCAUGGAAAUGUAUACUUGACGUCGACGAACAAGGCGGACGCGGGUGUGCGGAUCACGCGUAUUGGCCUGCUGGCCAACUUCGCCAUGGCCAUAGGCAAGUUCAUCGGGGGCUACGUGUUCCAUUCGCAGGCGCUGAUUGCCGACGCCUACCACGCGCUGAUGGAUCUGGUUUCGGAUUUCUUAACGCUCGGAACGGUGUCGUGGUCGCUCAAACCCCCCUCGGAGCGGUUUCCAUACGGGUAUGGGAAAGUCGAGAGCAUUGGUGCGUUGGGAGUCAGCAGCCUGUUACUCUGCGGCGGAGUCUUUAUGGGCCUCAACUCUGGUCAGGUCUUGCUGGACCAGUUCUACCCGGAGGCGGCGGAGAUUAUGGCUCAUUCGGGCCUCAUUGGCCACGGCCAUAGUCACAGUCAUAGCCAUGGGGCGGAUAUCUUAGGCCCAAGCAUCCACGCUGCUUGGCUUGCAGCGGGGUCUAUUGUCGUCAAGGAAUGGUUGUACCAUGCCACUAUGAAAGUUGCAAAUGAACGAAAAUCCUCUGUCCUAGCCUCCAACGCCAUCCACCACCGUAUCGACUCGCUGACCAGUAUUGUCGCCCUGGUGACCAUCGGUGGGAGCUAUGUCUUCCAGGACGCUUCGUGGCUAGACCCGGUCGGGGGCCUGCUGAUCUCGCUGAUGGUCAUCAAGGCUGGAUGGGGCAAUACCGUCACGUCGCUGCUGGAGCUGGCGGACACAACGGUGGAUGAUGAAAUCCGGUCGUCGGUACGCCAGGCGGCGGCCCAGGUGCUAGCCACGAUCGACGACGGGGAACUGGUGGAGAUCCGCGACAUCCAGGGCAUGAAGUCCGGCCAGAACUAUCUGAUGGAAGUGGAGCUGGCGAUGCCCGGGGUAUGGACGGUCAACCGGGCUCGCGAUCUAGAGGAGUCAGUGCGGGAAGCCAUCGGCACCACCGUCCGGGGCGUCAAGCGCGUCAAGAUCCGCUUCGUGCCUCUCGACCGUGAGAACAUGAAGUUUUCCGAAGAGUUCAUCCCCGCCGACGUGAACCCACGCCAAAAUCCAGAGCCGGGGGCCGAGUUGGAUGACGGCUCCGAGACCCGUAAAGGGCGUUGAUGGGUCGGAAUUCUCACCAUUGCAUUGAUGUAAAUUUUAUCCGAUGUACAAGCAGGCAUAACCCGAUGCGUUUUAGACAGAUAUCCUACAAGGUUACAAUAAGAAAUUCGUUGGAUGGUUACUGGACUUGCCAUGAGAAGGUAGUUAAUGACAGGCACCCAUAAGUAAACCACCACACCAUCCAUCCAUAAACCAACUCAACGUCCUAUUUAUUCCAUCUACAGAGCAGCCAGUGCAAAUAUACUACAAUAUACUACUCUAAACCAUGCACAAAGCAUACUACAUAACCCAGCUUCGACCCAUCU